AUGUCGGUCUAUCGACUCGCCGAGCGACAGACAUUGCGUUCAUUCCAUGCCUCGAAGCUCGUCUGCUUCUCACCAUGUCGAGGCCCGCAAGUGCAAUAUGGUAGACUUCAAUUGCGGAGAGUAGCCACAGUUCUAGCUAUUGGAAACCCUCAAAUUCGAUUCCAGUCGACUUCGAGCAAUCCUGCUGAACCCGCUGGCCAGCGACCACGCCCACCGCCUCCCCCGAGGCCCACCUUGCGUCAGGUUCUCUUUGCGGUCUUGGGCGGAGGAUUCCGAAACUUGCGCACCGCGCUCCAAGGCCAGAGUCUCAGGACACUUUUCCGACAAAAUCCAGAGGAGCUUGUUCUGGCCCUCGUGUGUCUUGCGGUGGCUGUCGGCGCAAUUAUCUACGCCGUUCAGCUCUAUUUUACCUACUUCUACCACGAGCAAUUCACGCGAUAUCCGGCCCCAAUUGCGAAAUCACUCCGGCGUGCCCUCUACUUCAGCAACUACAAGCCGGACCCUCCACGUGCCCUGAAGUAUUACAGGACGGCGUUGCAGCAAUGUGAGGAGUUUGGCCUCGACCCCUUUUCCGACGACGUCAUGGGUAUCAAGAUUCAACUUGCCGCGUGGCUGGAAAAGAUUGAGAACUAUGCCAACGCCACUAAAGUCCUCGAAGCACUGCUCAGAGAUUGCAAACGCUGGGUCGAGGUGAUGGAGAAGAGUGUCAAAGACGGUACCGCAUCAAAGCUGGCCGCCCCUGCGCCGCCACAUGACGGAUCCCCACAGGCCCCCGGACAGCCGGGCCAAGAGAUUCCAGCUCCGGAAACUCUAUGGGGGAAGCGGACGAGAGUAUUAGGCAAAGCCAUUGGCAUUAGCGUCAAGCUUGGCGAGCUGUAUGCGGAUGAGCAUAUGCUAGAAAAUGAACUAGCCCAUGAACGGUUGAUCUGGGCGGUCGAGACAGCAUUAGGAGAACUACGUCGGCGGUCAACCGAAGGGCUAAAGGAGGGUGAAGGCGACUGGAUGUCUUCAGAAGCCAUUGGAGGCGCCCUUGAGUCCCUUGGCCACAGCUAUGAGUCUAGGUCUCAAUUCCACCUCGCUGUUCCGCUCUUCCUGCAAGCUCUCAGGCUCUGUCAGGAUCCAUGCCACAGCGCGGUAAUAAUGAACAAUCUUGCGGCCUCAUUUGCACAGCAUCCUGUUCAUAUUCCAUUCCAGGCUUUGGACACAGCGGGCCUGGUUAAGAGAGCGCCAUCCACGAGUGAGUCUGCCUUACCGGCAGAUUCCCACCAGGCCUAUCUCGAAACAGCUCGACGCUGGGCGACAAACGCCAAUUUCCACGCGACCGAGACACAAGGCGAGCUGCGGACGCCCGAGUGCGACGAAGCUUGUGCAGUCUCCCUCUGCAAUCUAGGCGAUAUCGCGGCCUUGUCCGGCGAUGCCGGCGAAGCCCGGAGGAUGUUUGAGCAAUGCAUUGCGAUAAGCAAGAAGGUGGGAUUCUCGCCAGGCGUGGUCCAGGCUGAGGAAGGCAUGAGAAGCCUCGAGAGACCAGAAGCAAAGUCAGGAUGA